AUGGCGCCCGCGCAACCUGAGCUCAAGAAGUACCUCGACAAGAGACUGUUCGUUCAAUUGAACGGCAGCCGAAAGGUCAUCGGCGUCCUCCGCGGUUACGAUGUCUUCCUGAACAUCGUUCUCGACGAGGCGGUGGAGGAGAAGGACAAUGGCGAGAAGGUCAGAAUCGGCAUGGUUGUCAUCCGCGGCAACUCAGUGGUGAUGCUCGAAGCGUUGGAACGAAUCGGCGGAGACGACCGACGAGGAGACCGAUAA